AGCAAUUCUCCACCAAAAGGGACCCUUUCGGGCGCAUGCCCCUCCCCCUCAUUGUCCAAUGUCCCCCACCUCUCCUACCUCUCCCACCUAUCUCAUACUACUGCCCCUCCGGCCCAGCUCUAGACUGGGGAUCAAGCAACAGAUGGAAACGUCAAGCGUUGCGGCAUGUCGCUGGUCAGGCCAUGCCGCUAUUGGCAAAGGUGGGGGAAGGAGAUACAUCGUCGGACACUAUAAAGUCUCAUGUGCCUCUUUCUAUUGAACCCAUUAUCCCGCAUCGUCCUCUCUUCGUCCCUCUUGAAGAUACCCUCAAUAUUCAAUUUCUCUUGAAAUCUUGUCCUCCAUUCCCUUGCUUCGUUCGAACUGUUCUUUCCCCUUCAUUCCCGUCAUCAUGAGCCUCGACAUUACCAUCACGGGGUGGCAGACGCGCGAUGUGCGCUUUCCCACUUCGCUAGACAAGACCGGCUCUGAUGCCAUGAACGCCGCCGGCGAUUACUCCGCCGCCUACUGCAUUCUCGAGACCGACUCCAAGUUUGCUGGGCACGGCAUGACGUUCACUAUCGGCCGCGGAAACGAUAUCGUCUGUAAAGCAAUUGACUACCUCGUCGAGAGAGUAAAGGGCAAGAAGUUGUCGGAUCUUGUCUCAAAUUGGGGCAAGACCUGGAGGUAUCUCGUCAACGACAGCCAGCUGAGGUGGAUUGGCCCCGAGAAGGGCGUCAUCCACCUGGCCCUCGGCUCCGUUGUCAACGCCAUUUGGGACCUGUGGGCCAAGGUCCUCGGUAAGCCCGUCUGGCGCAUUGUUGCCGACAUGAGCCCCGAAGAGUUUGUUGCCUGUAUCGACUUCCGCUACAUCACCGACGCCAUCACCCCCCAGGAGGCCAUCCAGCUCCUCAAGGAACAAGAGCCUACCAAGGCCCAGCGCAUCAAAGACGCCGAGAACAGCCGCGCCGUCCCGGCUUACACCACCAGUGCCGGUUGGCUUGGGUAUGGCGAGGACAAGAUGAAGGGCCUGCUGCAGGAGACCCUUGGCAAGGGUUAUCGUCACUUCAAGCUCAAGGUUGGCAGCAGUGUCGAGCAGGACAAGAGACGUUUGAGCAUUGCACGUGAGGUCAUCGGCUACGACAGCGGCAACAUCCUCAUGGUUGACGCCAACCAGGUCUGGUCUGUACCCGAAGCCAUUGAGUAUAUGAAGGAGCUCAAGGACUUCAAGCCCUGGUUCAUCGAGGAGCCCACCUCCCCCGAUGACAUCCUCGGCCACAAGGCCAUCCGUGAAGCUCUGAAGCCCUACGGCAUCGGCGUGGCCACCGGCGAGAUGUGCCAGAACCGUGUCGUUUUCAAGCAGCUGCUCAUGUCAGGAGCCAUCGACAUCUGCCAGAUCGACGCAUGCCGCAUGGGCGGUGUCAACGAAGUCCUCGCCGUCUUGCUGAUGGCCAAGAAGUACAACGUCCCCAUCGUGCCUCACUCGGGUGGUGUCGGUCUCCCCGAGUACACCCAGCACCUGAGCACCAUCGACUACGUUGUCGUCAGCGGCAAGCUCUCUGUCCUGGAAUAUGUCGACCACCUCCACGAACACUUCCUCAAUCCGUCCAUCAUCAAGGACGGAUAUUAUCAGACCCCUACGGAACCUGGCUAUAGUGUUGAGAUGAAGGCCGAUAGCAUGGACAAGUUCAGCUACCCCGGCAAGCCCGGCGUCAGCUGGUGGACCAGCGAUGAGGCCAAGCCUAUUAUCGAGGGAGAGAAGAUAUAAAGGGGAGCUGUAAUCACGUAUAUCGUGUCGUGGCUUCCAGGGCUCAAGCAAAGACACGGAUGCUUGUCCGCAGGGAAACGAUGGCAUCCUGUACAGUCAGGGACAUUGGCUAUCCUCAUGCAUGGGUAAGGCGGACUGCAUUACUUGGGCAAAGUAUGAAGAGUAAUCGAGGGGGUUUGGCCGAAAAGAGAGCCAUCCCGCAGGGCAACGAUGGCAUCCUGUAUGGCACAGCUUGGUUCUGUGACGCAUCCCUUUUUAGCGGUUGGUUUUGUUGUCUUCUUGCAGUUGAGAAAAGGGGGGAGGGGUUUGGCUACGGAAGCCAUUCCGAAAGGCAACGAUGACAUCUUGCAUGGCUUGGAACAAAAGGCUCUCUAUGCGAUAGCGAAAUAAUGAGAACAGACGUUAUUAUCUAGACGAGACGUCAGUUGAUCCUGUACCCAUCUACCUACCUAGAUGCGGAAGGAAAAUG